AUGAGAAUGGAGCCGGGUCUGGUCUAUGCCCGGGCACCCUAUGCGGGAUCCGCAGGCGGGCCGGGCUCAAUCUGGCUCACCCAGCCGCAUCAACCAGAGGCGCAAACGCCUUCGCAGAUUCCAGUUUUUUCGCGCUUACAAGCGUCAGCACUUGCGGGAAGCAUGUCAUCGCUCAAUUCCAGAGGAUUUAUGGAGAUACACCUACCAGGAGAUGCCGUACAUCCGCAUCUCGAGCCGUGUGCCGAGCGACUCCCGAGGUGCGCUGAGACGUUGCCAUUCGGAUUCGCCGCGUCAGGGACGCCUGAGUCGAGAUAUGGAGCGCAGCAUUCUGAGGUGUUCGUCGAAGGGUCGCGUCAUGGUUUGCUGCAACUCAGCGGCCUCCAACACCAGUACGAUCCACGAAUUCCCGCGGGCUCAGCAGCAGAAUCAACUGUUGCAGCGCUUGUUCGCGAAGUUCGCAGUCUACGUGAACGCGUCGAAUCCCUUGAAUCGUCCUUCUGCUACAGUGCGCUACGACAGCAGACGCGAACUCACGAGGCCUCUGCAGCACCCAGGUGUGCAACCUAUUCCGCUUAUGUGACACAGCAAGCCGAGCCAGCCACGCCUGUCCGAAACAGAGCAUUCGACGUUCAAUCACUGCAAUCAGAAAAAAGUUCGUCGCCCAGUUCAAUAAAAUCGGGUCUGGACAAGGCUCCGGGACCACAGACACGCACGGCCAGGUCACAAUACAUCUUUGAAUGCGUAGCGGAGCACGCUUUGAGAACGCCAGAUGGACAUUCUGAUUUCGCGAGAGGCGUUGCGCACUCGGUUGCUCGUCUGGACAAUGAACAGUGGAACAGGGACUCAGCACUCUAUGGUAUCUCUAAUCCAGCAAACACGACCAGCUCGAAUGACACCGCAACGCAUGAGCGACGCCCUAUUCCAGAGGCAACGGAACGCCAAACGAUUCGAGAAGCGGGCUUGCGCGUCGAGAUUCCGGACGCAUGUGCCUUGGCUCGCAGCCGCCCGUGUCAUGGCAUAUCACAUGCCGCGGUGUCAUUCAAGCACAUCGCAAGCUACGCGGGUUCGCACGCAUCGAACGUCGCAACCUCUGGGGCCUUGCCUGGGGAAUUACAGAGCGUCCAGUGCACAACAGCAGCGCGAGAGAAGAGCACUUCUGUGGAUCCCAAGCACAAAAUGCGUCGUCACUCAGUCUGGUCUGAGGAAGAAGACUGCAUGUUCAGACGCGCCUACGCAACGUUCGGUUGCAAAUGGAACCGGAUCAAAAGUUUCCUACCGAACAAAACUCGUCAGCAGGUUCAAAGUCACGGGACGUACCUCAUCAAACGCGGCGUCAUCAGAAAGUUCAAUUCACGAUCCUGGACUCGGCGUCAGCCCAGUGAAGCAGCAUAA